GACUGUGGCAGAAUGCAAGCCCCCCUCUCUCCCCCUCCCUCCUUCGAUGUGGAAGGAGUAGACACAUCUCCCUCUCUCUCUGCUGUUUGAGGCUGACAGCUACUUUUGUUUGACCCCAGAGCACCCUUGCCAGGGCUGUUAGGAGAAGGGAGUGCCGAGGCUCCAGGGAGCCCGCCGCUGGGCGCCCGCGGCCAGCGUGGGGGUGCAGAGAAGCUUCUGAAAUGCCUACAGUCAGAUCUGAUCAGGCUAUAAAAAACGGGACUCUUGUCAAGACUCCGCCCUUUGGUGCAGAUCUCUUGGAGCACGAGUGAGUUGCUGCCGCCAAGAGCCCUGCCCCACCCCAGGAUGGAGACUCCGCUUGCCUUGCCGUCACGUGUAGACGAUACCUCUGAGAAGGUCCUUGGGUCUGUUGCUGCCAAGUGCUGAACAAGUGACUCCACAACAUAAAGGAAUAAAAUUGUUUGAAGUGUAAUCCCACAUCCAUUGCUAUCUAGAAAAUGUCUUAUGGAUCCAUUGAUGGGAGUGGAUUUGGGAGCAGGAAUCCAUUUGGAGGGCCUUCGAGACAAGGCUAUCAACCUCUCGGCAAGUUGUAGGAAGCAUCUUUGGCCAGGAGAACACCGGGUAGCGCACUGAUUGUCCCUGUUGACAUGGGUUGGCUUGUUCACAGAGCUACCCAGAUUGAUCCCAGUGAACUACAGGAACUUUUUCAGGAGACUUCAGCCAAUGUCUUCCGAAUUAACUCCAAUGUGACCUCUUUGGAGAGAAGCCUUCGAUCUCUGGGGACCUCAAAUGAUACUCAAGAGCUGCAGGAUGGACUGCAUGCAACCCAGCAGGAGACUAAUAAAACCAUCACGACUAGCACCAAAGCCAUCAAGCAGCUGUCUGAGGUUGUCAGAGGCUCAUCCAGGCAAGAACGACUUCAGCUGGACAGGCUGAUGAACCAGCUUUCAGAUGCCAUCCAGAGAUACGGAGCUGUGCAGAAGAAAAUAGCAGAGAAAUCCAAAACUUUGCUUCCUACUGGGCAGAGAAGUACCAAACAGAGCCCUAGGACCCCCUUCUCUGACGUACCUGAUAAUGAGAAGAUCUUUAACGGGGGAGAUGACACGUGGCAGAACCAGAACCAGGAUCAAGCCUUGCUGUCGGAAAUCACGGAGAAGGAUCUGGAAGUCAUCCGUCAACGGGAAGAGGCCAUUCAGCAAAUUGAGAGUGACAUGUUGGAUGUGAACCAGAUCAUUAAAGACCUGGCCUCCAUGGUGCAUGAGCAAGGAGACACAAUAGAUAGUAUUGAAGCCAACAUUGAGACUGCAUCUUCUAAUGUAGAAUCAGCCAAUGAGCAGUUGGCAAAAGCCAGUCAGCACCAACUACGAGCCAGGAAGAUGAAGUGCUGCCUUCUCUCUGUCGCAUUGGCCGUUCUGGUGUUCAUUGUCAUAAUCAUUGUGGUCUCUGUCAAGCACUGAUCUGGAUGCAGUUUCCACAGAGCCCGUGAUCAUCCUGUGAAGUGGAAUGGAUUCUCAAGGCGUUUCACAUUCAAGCCCUACGUCAAUGUCUGCUUUACUGAUCACGUCAUAUUAAAACACCUAUAGCAAACAAACACUAAUUGUAUGAAAGAAAAGCUAAGUUCUAUACUAUGUUGUUAGUAUAAUUGUGAAUAAUUUUUCCUUGUUUUUUAUUCUUCCUUUGUUGCAAACAUAUUUUACCUUAUUUUACAGAUUUUAAUGAUGUCUCCUGUGUAUCUGGGGAGUGAUAUUUCUUUGCCUCCAGAUUUGCUAUAUGGUGUGUUGUGAGAUCCACAGCUGUUAUUUCAUCUUUGCUUGUGUUUUUAACAUGCUCUUGAUCUCCAGCUCAAGAAAACCAUGAAAGUUGACAUGUUUUGUCUGAUUCUUUUUUUUGUUGUUGCUUUUGUAUAUUUUAAAAAACAAUCUAGCUCAGAUUCUCAUACUGUGCACUGCUGCUUUAGAAUGCCCUCUGCCAGAUCUGAGCUAAGCACUUUCACAAUUAUAUGUGCCAUUUACAAACACAUCAAUUAGAUGCUUAUUUGAUCCCAUUGUAUGCAUAGAAGACCACAUUUAUUUAUGGGAAACACUAGUGAAAGACGAGGACAAAUAAACAUUAAGACACAUUUUUACAAUUUUUUCAUAAAGGCCUUUAGUCUGUCAAAAAGAUCAAGCAAGGCAACUCAUUAAAAAUGUCAGAUUUUGCAUUACAUUUCAUUUCAUAGGUUUUAAUGCAACCAGCAUUUGGGAUUUUGUUUCAUUGUCACCCACAAUAUUCUCUGCUGAAAACAUCAUUGAAAAUGUCAUUAAAAUGCUUUUUUAAAGGUGUCGUGUACUAGAAAUGCAGCUUUCCUCCAGUAAAUAAAGCAUUUCAAAAAUUAUUUUAAUUAAAAUGUCAUAGGAAGUAUUAGAGAGAAUUUCACAAAAUUGUGGUUUUUAUUCCUCAUGAAAAGAUACUUCUUUUGACAAAAAUGUUUCUCAUUAGAGAAAAAAAAAAUCAGCUACCUCUAUAUGUUAUGUAUUUUUGGUUACUGUGAAGGUUUAGAAGAGGAUAACAAAUAUUAAACUAGAUUUUCACCUGCACUGCUUUCAAUUACAUGCUUCCUUUUCCAAAAAGCUGACACAGUCUGUCGUCAGUAAAGGCUGAGCACAGAAAAUGCACAGAGAAAUCUUGCAGGUGCUUAAGUUCAUUCAGGGGCAAAACUGUAAAACUUCUUAAAUCGAUGUAGUUAAUUUUGGUGAAGAAAGAAAAAUCAGAAUUUCUGGUGGUUUUUCUCUAGGUCUAUCCUACAAAAUCUACAUAACUGGAUCAUUAUAUCUAAUAUUAAAUAGUUACUAGUUGCUAUUAAGCUCAUUAAUAGCUUGAUGCUAUUUUUUCCAAGCAAGCUUAGUAAUAGCAUGAAAUUACAAAUUAUGAUACCUACUGCUUUACCUUGCUACAGAGAGUUUGCUUCUGAAAUAGAGUGCCCUGCUUGUACCCACCGCAAACUACGGGCUGCCUCUAUCAGCAAAUCUGGCAAACCCUAGAGUGAUGGAAAUGGUUUUCAUCUAGUUAGCAGGAGCUGAAAUGAACCCAGCUCGUAGCUGAUUGCAAGCAAAUAUUUUGAGAGCCUCGAGUUGCAUUUGAACAAGGGAUCCAGAACAAACAAACCUUGCCCAUUUGCUAAUCUCAUUCAUUAGAAGCUCAGUGAUUACCUCAUUAGUAUGAUGCAUUGCAGAGACAGACUGAUGGAGCUUUCGAUGAGCCAGAUUACACAGCAGAUAGAUUUGGCACCAAUGCCCCAGGUGAAGUAUUUCUCUGCUGAAACUGUAAACGCUGCCUGGCUUAGAGCGAGUGUGAAAUUUCCAUGUGGCAAAAUAGAAAUACUCCCCCUGUUGUGUAUUACAGACUUGGUUAUAAUGGAAAAUGUUAUUUCAAAAAAUAAAAAGAAGUAACCAAAAACCAAA